AUGGCCUCCGCUUCCGCCGACCACACAACCCCGAUAGCUGUCGUCCGGCCCGCAAAAGCCGACGUAGCCCUCCGCCUCGCUACUCAGGACGAUGUCGCCAUCCUCGCCUCCAUCGCCGACGCCGCGUUCCUGAUGGACGCGCACACGCAGCUCAAAGCUGCCUUCCGCGGCGCGGACAACUUCACAGAGGGGAUGAAACAGGCGCUAGAGAUUUGGGUGGACCACCCAAAGGUAGAUGUCGUCGUUGCUGAAGACAAAAAAAGCGGUAGGCUUGUGGGAUGGGUGGGGUGGAUUCGCCGGGGGUUUGUGGGGGAUACGGAUCUACCCUUGGAUGGCCCGUCAGAGGAGCCGACGGCUGAGACUCAUUUUGCUGCAAGAGGCAAGAGAACGAUCCAGGACUUGGAGGAUCUGACGAACGCGUCGAUGGAUUAUUGGGUAAAAAGGUUUACGCCCAAGGGUUCGAAGUGCAGGUCCCUGUGUAGCUACGUCGUACACCCGGAUUUCCAGUCACGGGGCGUCGGAUCGCGGUUGAUGAAGUGGGGCACUGACAAGGCGGACGCCGAGCCUGGUGUGUAUUGCUCGGUGCAGUCGUCCAUGGGUGGACAGGCUGCGUUUGAGAGGCAGGGCUUCCAGGAGGUGGGUAGGCUGGAGGCGGAUUUGGAUGAUUUUGCGGAGGGGAAGAAGCCGGGCGAGGAAUAUGAACACGUCACGGGGAGUAAGGAUUCCUGGGGGAACCCAACGAGCUUGCAAAUCGCCACAAGACCCCAUGCCCCCGCCAGCGGGUUCAUCAUGUCCUGCACCAUCAUCGUGUCCGAGAUGGCCUCAUUGAAGUCGGUCAUCAUCGGCACCUUGGGCUUCGAGGCCCAAAACUUGCGCAUGUACUGGUGUCCAUACGUCAAACCCGCAGCGAGCAGGGCGGGCCAGCCCACGGCUACGGUACCCAGGCCGUUGGGUACGAAGAACGAGAAGGCGAUGCCGCUGACGGCAGAGAGGAGGCACUGGUAUAAUCCCGUCGCCACGGUAUACCGAACCUCCCAGAGCUGCUUCUCCGCCGUCCUGCUCCACUCUGCCGCCUUCUUGACCUUGUCCUCGUACUUGAGCAGUCGUGGGAUUGAGUCCGCCGAGUGGACGAGCGCGUAG